AUGUCAGAAGGAAUUGCCCCCUCUAUUAGUAAAGAAGAAGAUGCUUAUAUCAAACCUGAAAUGAUCCUCAAGGAUUUCGCCAAGACUUAUCCAACUCCACCCACCAACGGUUAUCAAAACUUUCUUACUACUGUGGGUAAAUGCUUUGGAUGCUGUGGUAUGUUUUGCUUUUUGUGUGAGAAUCCGUACAAAACUGUCAACCAGGGUGAAGUUGGUUUGGUGCAAACGUUUGGUGCUUUGUCCAGAACUGUGGAGCCAGGCACUUCCUAUGUCAACACUUUCACAGAGAAAUUGACUCGUGUCAAUAUCAAAAUCAACACUAGAGAGUUGCCUCCACAAUCGUGUUUCACUAGAGACAACUUGACUGUGCAGAUCACCUCGGUUGUGUACUACAAUAUUAUUGAUCCACAAAAAGCCAUCUUUUCCAUUUCAGACAUCCAUAGUGCCAUCACCGAAAGAACGCAAAACACUAUGCGGGAUGUUGUGGGAAGCUGUACGUUACAAGACGUGGUGGAAAAGAGAGAAGAGAUUGCCGAGUCAAUCGCCAAAAUCAUUUCGAAGACUGCCUUUGCAUGGGGUGUACAAAUCGAGUCCAUAUUGAUCAAAGACUUGACCUUACCUCCAAGUGUUCAAGACUCAUUCGCCAAGGCUGCUGAAGCGAAGAGAAUCGGUGAGGCUAAAAUCAUCAAUGCCAAGGCAGAGGUAGAGAGUGCCAAGCAAAUGAGAAAAGCCUCGGACAUAUUGAGUUCACCUGCCGCUUUACAGAUUCGUUACCUUGAGGCGCUUCAAGCCAUGAGUAGAAACCCGGGAACGCGCGUCAUCUUCAUGCCUAGCGCAGACGGAAUCGAGAGAAUCGUCCACCUGCAAGGUAGCCACCAACAUUCUGCGCCAAUUCCAGAGGAGGCAACUCCAAAUAAUACUGGUCGGCAAAUUGUGGACACAGUGCUGAUCCAAGAGGCAUUGCUGUAA